AUAAUUUAAAAAUGUAAAAUCAAAUAGUUCAUGAGAGUAUUUCAGAAAUGAAGAAAUACGCAAAAGCGUUAUAAGGAAAUAGAAAUUACGUUGCUAAAAAGACUGCAGAAGAUCCAGAAUACUUUAGAAAACUGGCUUAGGGAUAGAAUCCUAAGUAUUUAUUGAUUGGUUGUUCUGACUCAAGAGCUCCACCUAAUGAAAUUACAGAAACUGAUCCUGGAGAAAUAUUUAUUCAUCGUAAUAUUGCAAAUGUAGUUGUUCCUACUGAUUUAAAUGUAUUUAUUAAUAAGAAUUCUUUUAGAUUAAUUGUGUAAUCUAAUAUGCCAUAGAACAUCUUAAAGUUCAUAAUAUUGUAAUUAUGGGACAUACAUUUUGUGGAGGUGUUAAAGCAGCUAUGAAAUAAGAUUCUGUAGGAGGAUUGUUAGAUUUAUGGUUAAAUCACUUAAAAUUAGUUUAUGAAAAACAUUAAGAUCUUAUUAAUCAAUUAGAUGAUGAAGAUGAUAGAGUUGCAUGUCUAGCUCAUAUGAAUGUUAGAGAAUAAGUACUUAAUGUAUGGAAAAAUCCUAUUGUCUAAAAAUCAUGGCAAGAUGGACAUCGUAUUUAUAUUUUUUAUUUUUUUUAGCUGUUAUGGUUCAUGGAUGGCUAUUUAGAGUUGAAACUGGUUUCAUUGAAGAAUUAGAAAUUGAAGAAAGCAUUCCUAAUAAUCUAUCCAAAGUUUUCCAAUUAAAAUUCAAGAAUGUUUAACCACAAAAAUAAAAAUAAUUAGUUGAAGAGAAAGAAGAUGAUAGAGCUAAAUCUCCUUCAAUUAGAAAAAGAUUCUAAAGAAUGCAGAGUCGAUUAGAAACUGAAAUUAGAAGAUUAACUAUUACUCUUUAAGAUACAAAUUAAGAUGUUGAAAAGGAAGUUGUUGAUCAAGUUUCUGAAGUAUUAUAGAAGGAUCUUAAUUUCAAAACUGAAGAUAAUUGAGUAAUUUUAAUUAUAUACAGAAA